AACAUUUGCUGGUGAUUGUUUGUAGUUAAUGAAACAAAGAUACUUUUUUUUAUCAUUUCUCAUGAUUGUGUAUCAUAAUAGGAGAAAAAGUUAUUUACAAAAAAAGGUCAAGACCGAAUAAAAUGAUCACUUCAACCGGAGAAUUAUUUACAAAAGAUCUCAGGUAUCCGAAGAAAUCUUACCAUCAAACCAACAGGCGCAUUUAGUGCGCAGUUGGCUGGUUGUGUUAGGUGAUUGUUUAAAGCUCUACAGAAUUCCUAAACGACGCCAAGGAUUGGUCAUGUAUAUUAGUUCCUUGAAACACUGCGUUUUAACCGUUGUUGACGAGCUUUCUUUGUUUUAAAGUUGUUGGUUGUUUGCAGAACGUGCGUCUGGAGUUAAACCAGUGAUGUGUACAGACUGAUAAGUAUAUUUUGCUGGAACUAUUUCGUUCAUUUAAAGUGCAACAAUUUUAAUUAGUAAGGAAUUAAUUAGCUUAAUUACUUACACAAUUUCAUCCUUCUCUUGAAGUUCGAUAUUUUUUUCUUCAAUACUAAACUGUCAUUUUAUAUUUGUGUUUUUAAAACACGGACUCAUUAGUGGUAACGCUCGCUGUAUUUUCAGGGUAUUUAUGUUUCCAAGAAAAUUGUGAUUUGUGGGUCAGUUCUCCUGAGUCCUCCAGCAGUUGAGUGCUAUAAAGCCAAAACUCUAUCUGGCAGAUAAACAGAUCUAAAUCAUCGGUGUUACCGAACUUUAUGUUUAUAAAAUACCAGCCGAGACCCAAACGUUUCGUUUAACGAACAGGUUGUUCUGAACACUAGCAAGAAUUUGUGUCCUACCUAAAAGAGGUUACCGGCCUUUAUCUGCCUAAACAAUGGAAACCUGCUUUGGGUCUCUGACAGACACUCAAGUGAGAGAGCUCAAGGCAGCGUUUGACCUUUUAGAUAAGAAUAAAGAUGGACGAGUAAACGCCAGUGAAAUCAAGUGUAUGUUAGAAAAGCUAAGAAUAUUUCUCACUGACGCUAUGGUUCAUCAUUUAGUUCAACAGGCUACCAAAAGAGAUGACGGUCUCAUCAGCGAAGAUGAGUUUCUGUCAUGGAUGGCCCGUCACCAAAACACAAUGAAAGAUGACGUCAUGGAAGAUCUCCUCGCCGCCUUCAGGGUUUUCGACAAAGACAAAAACGGUUUUAUCAGUAGGGAUGAAUUACGAGUUGCAAUGGAGAUGAUUGGUGAACCAAUGUCAGAAGUUCAACUCGACGAGAUGAUAAAAAUUACGGACAUAGACAACGACGGAAGAAUAAAUUAUGAAGAAUUUGUUCGAAUCUUGCUGUAAGAAAACACAGCACUAUGUGAACAUCACCAGCACAGUUCCUUAUUUUUUUACCGGACCUAUAUUCAAUGGUAAACGUACUUUUUUGGAAUAGCAAUAUUUUACACUGGAGAAUCCUUUAACUCUGAGUUACCCACCACAAUGUUAUGAAUGAAAAACAUAAACUCCCAAAAUGUAAAGGUGUGUAUUUUGUGUUGUUUAUUUAUGUUAAUGUCUACAUUUUUUAAUGACUUUUACGUGAUCUCUGGCUUUUCCAAUGGCUAAAUUAGAAUACUAGUGUCUUGCUCAAAUUUUUUUCCUGUACUUUUGGGAAUUUUUUCUAUUUUGAAAUUAUAUCCAGAUACGUUUUAAACUUUCAGUUUCUUUUUUUUUCCGGUGUUGUGUGAAUAUUUUAUGUUUAAUUAGUAAUUCAGAUAGGUCUUUAGAGAAAAAUGUAAAUACCCGUUAGAAAAAAAAAGUUUUUGGAUAAGAGUUCCAUAUUGAGAUUCCCAUUUUACUAAACUUUCAUGUUAUUAUUAAUAUAGAUUACUAGUUUGCGAAACGUACGAUGCUUUCAGUCUACGUAAAAGGACGUGUUUCCUGUGUAAUGUUUUGGUGCGAGUUAUUGUUUAUGAGUCAAAGUAUUUUACUCUGCAUGUAUUCAUAAUUUACAUUAAAUACGGGAUUGUUUUCAUAGCUAUUUUAAGGGGGAAACGUGGUCGUUUACCCCUUGCAGAAAUAAAUACAUAAAUAAAUAAAGUAAGACGGACCUCGUGGUUUUACGAUUUCAAGUUAGUUUUAAGUUAUUUUUUCACAUUUUUAAGGCUACUUAAGGACAUCUCCACGUGGAACUCUGUCCCUUUCUUAUAUUACACAACUUAGUAUCCAUAAAAUAUGAUUAUGUUCAAAAUAUUACCUUAUGGGUGAAAAUCUUACCAAUUAAAAGGAAGUAACCUGGGACUGGUAGCGAAAUCUGUUGUGUACCCCAACAACCUAUGAUUUGGAUAGUUUGUGUAACUUUUCUACUUGUUGGUUCACAUUUACUUAAACUAGUUUAAAAAAAACUUAUCGAUUUCAUGCAACGAUUUCUUUAAAUCUUUUUUUUUACACAAACCGUACAGCGUCGUCAUACAAAACCUGUAGGGAUUAACUACUAACCAUACUUGGGUUAAAACGAAAGCAUCCUAAGAUAUAUUAGUUCUUAAUUUACAAUGGGAGUAGGUAAAAAUUAGAAAAAACGUUCAAUUAUAUUUUCUCUGAAUAUUGUGGUAUUUGAACCGUAUAUUAUAUAUAUAUACACUUUAUAGUUUAAUAAUUUGUCGAGAUAUAAUUUAAUGGUAUUUUCGGCCAUGUAAUAUAGUGUAUACAGUGAUUUCAUGAAAAAUAAAUCAUAAAUUUAUAUGAUAUAAUACUGUAAACCAGUAGUUUUCAACCUUUGCUAUCUUAAGUAUAAAAUAUUUCAUCGUACCGUCUUCCCCUGUCUGAAUUGUAUCUUAAACUGAAUUACUAACAGCACUCACAUCAUAGGGCGAUUGUUUCCUUAGUGCAAAGCUACACAAUAAACUAUCUACACUCUGUUUGCCGCGGGGGAAAUCGAACCCCGGAUUUAAGCAUUAUAAAUCUGUAAAAUUAUCGUUGACACAUCAGGAUAACAGUGGAAUACUUACAUGUAGAAAAAAUGUUACAUUGCUCGUAGUUAUUCUCAACUAUUGUAUGUUUAUAUUACUCAUCCUUUUUCCAUCCAGAAAUGCAAAUAGAAAAUAUACAGGUCAAUAAUCUACUCAUCUCCUCUUCUUAAUUAUGGGACAUCUUAAAAUUUGAGUCAAUCCGAGCGAUCAGUUUAUUUAGAUGUUACAAGAUAUUUUGCGGCUCUCUUUUAGUGAUAGCAGGUGCACGCUCUACAGAAGGGGAACUACUGUUGUAGUUGUGUUCAAUGUGAAUUUAUAAAUAUAUCUAUAUAAAUGUUUAAUUUUUUUACAUUUAUAGACCUAACAGUUUUAACAAAAACACACGUUUAAAUAAAAUAGUUUUAAUAAAUUUAAGUAAUAUUUCUUAUUAAAUGGUUAAUAAUUAAACAGGAAGCUUUUCGGGAGAUGCAAUCUAACAUUUAACUUCAUGAAGUUUUGGUACCUAAACAAAUGCACUCAAAAAUCUAAUUUACUUUGAGGAUUGUACCACUUAGUCACACACACGUCCAUAUUUAUGAAAACAUGAGGUCGUAAAAUUGGUAUAGUUUCCUAAGCAACUUCGGAAUAUUAAAUUUGAUAACCAGGAACCCAUUUUUAGACAAUAAAUAUUGCAGACGGCUUGAACUAGCAAUGAAUAAAAUUUUAUUACAGGUUUAACUCAUGAUGACGAAACGUUGUACGUUUGUUAAACUUGUAAUAAAGUCUUCUUCAUUACCAAUCCAAGCCGUCUUCAAUUUUUAACUUGAGAAUAUGUUUUGAUAUUAAUAUGCAGUGAAAACUAAUAACUAUUAAUACCGAAAACGAUGGAGCAUAUUGCUCCUUGAGUUUAUACUUUAAAAUUUAACUGAAGCAUAAAAAACAGUCUAUGAAAUAUAAUACUACAUUUUAAACAUCAUUAAUUUUGAAUGCUGAUUGUACAAUACCAAGAAUGAAAUGUUGGAAAAGUAUUUGAACAAAUCACUUAUUUUUACAGUUUAUCUAAUAUUUAUUUGUGUUUAUUUAAUGACUUCAAGCUUUUGAAAUCUGAUUAAAAGUACUUAAAGAAAUUUAAAAUUUGGUUUCAUUGUUUUUUACAAAAGUACAUUUAGGUUUUUAUUUUACAGUAUUUACACGUUUCAGAUUUCCGUUCACUGCUGUAGUAACUAAACAACUGAGAAACAGGGCAACCCUUUUUGUUCAUUAGUUUUAAAGAAUAUUUACAUACUGAUUGAAUGUAUAAAUUAUAUACAUCAAGUGAUCCAAAUCCCUUAAAAUAUGCACAAAAACGCAUUUUCGAUGUAUAUAAUGGUUAUAAUUUAGAUUAUAGUACUGUAGUUCUUGACAUGGAUUUAUAGAAUGUUUAUGUU